CAACUGUCAAACUGUGACUCGACAAAUGUCAUUAUAUUGUUCGAUAAAGCUACUAGCUUAAUCGUGACUUUCAUAAUUCAUUUCUCCACAUAAGCCCGACUCAUUAAAUUUUUUAUCAAUUAGUGAUCAUUUUUAAUAACUCAUCAUGCCCAAAGUUUCAGUGAAAGUAAAAUGGGGUAAGGAGAUGUAUCCCGGCGUUGAAGUUAACACAGACGACGAUCCCGUUUUGUUCAAAGCUCAGAUCUUUGCCCUCACAGGAGUACAGCCGGAAAGACAGAAAGUUGUAUGCAAAGGGGUCACCCUCAGAGAUGACGCUUGGGGCAAUUUCAAAUUAACAAAUAAUGCCCUAGUUCUGGUAAUGGGUAGUAAAGAGGAAGAUGUACCGGCUGCUCCUGUUGAACAGACUCGAUUUGUGGAAGACAUGAAUGAAUCGGAAUUAGCUACGGCUCUCGACCUCCCGGAAGGUCUCAUCAACUUGGGGAACACCUGCUAUAUGAAUGCUACAGUACAAUGUCUGAAGACUGUUCCCGAAUUGAAAAAUGCAUUACUUAAUUAUGAUCCAACAUCAGGUGGAGGCACAGCAGGAGGCCUGACAUCGGCCUUGAGCGAAACAAUGAGGUCUCUGGAAGGGGGCGGGGCAGGGGCGUGUGCUGCGGCCGCGGCUCGGCUUCUACACGCUCUGCACGCCGCAGCGCCACGUCUGGCCGAGCGGGGAGCUGGAGGACAACUGGCCCAACAAGAUGCCUCUGAGUGCUGGACCGAAAUCAUACGAGCUCUGAGUAUGAGGCUGCAAUCCACACCUGAAAGUCACAGCAAGCCAUUGAUAGAGCAGUACUUCGGUGGAACUCUGGAUGUAGAGUUAGUGUGCAGUGAGGCAGACGAGCCACCAACUCGGUCCACAGAGACCUUCCUGCAGCUCUCCUGCUUCAUAUCACAGGACGUCAAGUAUCUACAGUCCGGACUCAGAUCUAAAAUGUCUGAACAAAUUACAAAGAUGUCAGAAACGUUGGGGAGAGAUGCUGUUUACACUAAAACUAGCAAAAUUAGUCGCCUGCCCGCCUACCUGACGGUCCAGUUCGUGAGGUUCUACUACAAAGAGAAGGAAUCCAUCAACGCCAAAAUUCUCAAGGACGUCAAAUUUCCUCUCGAGCUCGAUGUUUACGAACUCUGCUCACCAGAACUGCAGGAGCGUCUCACCCCGAUGCGGACCAAGUUUAAGGAACUCGAGGAAGCGUCGGUGGAGGCGGCUCUGAGCUCCAAGAAUAAAAAUCACGGAGACAGUAAAAAGGAGAUCAAGAGGAAGGCGACGCUGCCGUACUGGUUCGAGAAUGACGUGGGCAGCAACAACAGCGGCUACUACCGUCUGCAGGCGGUGCUGACUCACCGCGGCCGCUCGUCCUCGUCCGGUCACUACGUGGCGUGGGUCGCGCGCGGGGACGGCUGGCUCCGCUGCGACGACGACGCCGUGUCGCCCGUCACCGAGGAGGAGGUGCUCAAACUGAGCGGCGGAGGUGACUGGCACUGCGCGUAUCUCUUGCUGUACGGACCAAAGAUCCUGGAGCUAUCUCAGGAGGGAGACAGUCCUGAGCCGAUGAUAACCGAUGAGGCCUCCGGGCCCGACCCGCCGACGGCGCUCGCCUAAAACAGGAGCCCUUAGGAAUGAGCGACCAAGACUUCACUAACCCGUAUACUAUUGAUAGGAAACGCGAGGAACUAAAGAGACGUCUCACUAUAGAAUUGGUUUAAAUUAUUCUUAUUUGCAAUACUAGUGUGUAAUGAAGCGUCGGUGAGGCCUAAUUAUGUUAUGUCUGUGAUUAAGACAAAAAUUAUAUCAAUGUACCAUCAAUUACAUCAAUUUAUUUGAACUCUCAUCUUGUAUUUUUGUAUCCGAGUUUACUAUAUAAUAAAGUCACGUUUCACAAUUAAAUUAUUAGUAGAUAUUGUAUUUUUUUAUAAUUUAUUUCACAGCGUAGCUAUAAUGAUGUUACUCACUCAUUCCUAAAUUAAAUGUAAUCUUCAUAGUGAGUGUUGCCCGAGUCCGAGCUAUUUAUUUAAUUACGAGGCAUAGACAACCCUAACGUUAUAUGUCCAGCGCUUCUAUAAAGCAUUUCUUGAUAUCUAAGUUCUGUGUACUAAUGUAUUGAAUUUACUAAGACUAAAUGUAAUAAAUGAUGAAAAUUUUA